UCCAGUGAAGGUGUUGUUUUAUUUUUCUCUCUCCACCACUGGUUCACUCUCCUGUUCUCCUUUUAUUAUUAUUAUUUUUUUCCACUGUAACACAACUCUCUCUCGACGAAAAACGGUGGAUCCGGUGGCCGGGGUUGAGCGAACGAUCAGACGCUCUCGAUGUGCGUGGGAGACGAGAGUUUAGCGCAAUUGACGUUAACGGAGAAUGAGAAUGAGAGGAGUCAAAAUAAAAACCGGUGAAUUUACAAUGCGCUGAACAAUUUGUUGAAUUAUGAAGACUGUAGUCGCUCGGGGGAUUGAAUAAUUAACACGUGAUUGUUGUCGCGAUAAUAGGCGUGAUAGCGGUAUUCAGUAGGUACGGAAGUGUGUGGCCAGACCGAGUAAUUUUUGCUGUGAUGUGAGUUUUUGAUUAUUCACCUGCUGUGUCGAUGAUUUCUACAGCGAGAAAUUAUUAUUCGUGGCACGAGGGAUCACAUUACACCGGUGGAUUUAUCGUUGGAGUGACUGUUGGGUUUUUAGUUUGGGGGAAUUGACGAGUUUUUCGGAAAUUCUGUGGUGAUUGCUGAGGGAUUCGAUUGCUCAUUCCAGGGGUGGGGGUCGUGACGUGAUACCUUGGCUACUGUCGUCAUUGACGUGUCAGUGAUAUCUCCGUUGGGGUUUCAGGCAGAAGCGGGAGAGGAGAUCGCCGGGGAAACGAAUGGAUCGACUGAGGAGAAGCUUCAGGGAUAGUUUUAGGAGAAGGAAAGAUGCGCAUAUUCCGGAAUCUAGUAAACCACAUCAGUGGCAGUCGGAUGAGAGUGCUGUGAGAUCUGCUACUUGUGCAUUUCAUGUUAAAUAUUUGGGUUGCGUGGAAGUAUUCGAGUCCCGGGGAAUGCAGGUCUGCGAGGAGGCACUGAAAGUACUGAGGAAUUCAAGAAGAAGACCCGUGAGAGCGAUACUGCAUGUCUCGGGUGAUGGAUUGAGGGUGGUUGAGGAUGAAACCAAGGGUCUCAUUGUCGACCAAACUAUCGAGAAAGUUUCAUUCUGCGCACCUGAUAGAAACCACGAGAAGGGCUUCAGCUAUAUCUGCAGAGAUGGGACCACUAAGCGAUGGAUGUGUCAUGGGUUCUUGGCACUCAAAGAGACGGGAGAAAGAUUGAGCCACGCUGUGGGAUGUGCAUUCGCUGCCUGUUUGGAGCGGAAGCAACGUAGGGACAAGGAGUGCAGUGUCACCAUGACCUUUGACACCAAGACCUCGACAUUCACGAGGAGUGGCAGUUUCAGGCAACCGAGUCUCACUGAAAGACUGCAGGAUAGUCGAGAAAGAGCAGUUGAUGUUCCACCAGUCAGACAAGUGCACAACCCCUUUGCAAUAGAACGGCCGCACGCGACCCCAUCGAUGCUGGAGCGUCAGGGGUCAUUCCGUGGAUUCAAUCAAUUGAAUCAGGCAUCACCAUUCAAAAGACAACUGAGUCUGCGCGUCAAUGAUCUUCCCAGCAAUUUGGAGCGGACACGUAGCCAUAGUUUAGAACCCACCGAUCUCACACGUCUGCCACCGCUGCCGCACAUAAUGCCCCUCAGACCUCCAGUGAGUCCGAUACCUGAAAUAUCGCCCAGUGGACAGGACAGUCUUUCGGCGCUGUGCGCACACAUAUCCCACGACCUCCAGCUUCUAUCGAGGCAAGAUGACUUUGGACCGUUGCCAUCAAACUCGGCGUUGAACUCCGCAACUGAGCAACUAUUUACAACCACUACAACUACGCAAGUGAAAACUAGUUCAUCCCUCGACGACCUGAACCUCCAGAACGGUUCGAGCACCCUGAAUAACAACAUAAACAAGAACCCGAACAUAAAUAACAACGACGAGGACAUGAACGUCACCAUAAGCACAACCCAAGUGGAAGUGACCUGGAGAGACCGCCAGUCCCCAGUGAUGACGAACCCCCGGCUCACCCCAGUCCUGAACUCCACCUGCAAUUUGACACCAAUAAUGAGCAGAUCCCACGCCUCGACACUCAUGUCGACACCAGCCCUUUCAGGUAGUGCAGUGGGCCCCUUCGGCACUCCCCCAACAGGCAGUCCAGCCUUCAGCACUGCCUCCACCUCCUCCAUGGGCAGUUCCAUCCCCUCGACCGCCAACAGAUCCCCCAUCCCCAUUAAUCCAAUAACUCCAGUGACAAGUUCACCGAAUGUCAGUGGAUCCACCACAAUCUCCACCGACACAAGCGCAAUUGAAAAAAUCACGACGACAGACCUUCCGAGACCCGAUCAAUGGCUUGGAAGUGUCACUGGGGCUGUGGCACCUGUGCAAACACCUAGGAGAGCACCACCUCUUCAUGCAAGAGCCCUGUCACUGGGUUCAGCCAGUGUGCCUGGUGCCACUGGUGCUAGACCCAAUGAUCCAUUCGACGCCGAGUGGGCGGAAAUUGCUGCGAGAAAUCUUAGACAAGCCAGUGCUGCUACCAAUCCAUUCAUUGUUCCCAAUGCAACGCAAGCGUUUCAGGUGCAAUUGUAGCGUCAGGAAUUUAAUAACAGCAUUGCUGAUUUCUACAGAAAGUAUAUUUAGGGAGGGGAGGGGAGGCUUCUUCGAGGUGGCAAAUUCACGUUUAAGAAAAUUUGAGGGCCGCGUGUGUUAUAUUUCGAACGUGAUCUUGGUCGUUUUUUUUAUUUUGAUGAUCUGAAAUGUUCUCCAAUUGCCAUUCAGUUUUACAUAGACCUGGAGCCUCCAAAAAUUGUGAUUGUGUAAUUUAAAAAACGUUGAAAGAAAACUGAACAUUUUCACAGAGUGUUUUUUUAUCAUAUUGGGAAAUAAAUCCAAUAGGGAGGACAUUGCAAAUUAAUAACACGGUUCAACAAAAUUCGGACGUAUUCAACCUCGAAAACGAAAACGGCCCUAUCUUGGAGAUAUUUUAAUACUGAUUCUAAAUUUCUUUUGAGAAAUCUCUCUAGCACGUCUAGUUUUCGAGAGAAAAAAUGUUGAAAUGUUGAAAAAUGGCUAAAAUGAGCAAUCUGAAAAAUUAGUAAAAAAAUGAAUUUGGACGUAGUUUUUCUCAGAAAAAAACCUAUGAAUUAAUAAAGAUGCGAUUUGUUUAGUGGAUCCGAUUUCGUUCCAAUUGGUUGAGUCAAAACGAGCGCAAAAAAUCCUGAAAAAUUCCCGAUUUCAUGAUUUUUCUUGUGAAAUCAAAUGACCCGAAGUUGGUGGCACACUCUUUGAGACACGCGAAUUUCAAAUCUAUCUACACCCGUGUGUGAACCUCGGCUUGACUUAACAACGUCUGAAUUUUAUCGAACUGUUUAAUUUACUGCAUAUAAUGGCUUCCUAGUAGCCAAUGGCUGUCAGAUCGUUAAUUGCCAUGAUAAAUUAUCCUUUCACUAUUUCCUCUCUAUUGAACUUAUUUCCUAAUUGUUAUUAACAACGCCUUUUGAAAUUUUUAGUUUUUUAUUUACUUUUUUUGUGCAAUCAUAACUUUUGGGAACUCCUGUGUGAUGUAAAAUUCAACGGGAAUUGUGAUAUAUUUUAAAUUAUGAAGUUGAAAAAACAAUCGAUAUAAAUAGAAAAAAAUUGCGCUUUCUCUAAGAAAUUCUAUUGAAUUUCUAUUGCAACUCUAUAAGGACUCUGUUGGUAGAUUCUAUUCGUUUUUUGGCGCCAAUUCGAUCAAAAAUUAUGCAACACCCCCGCAUUUUUAAAUAGAUAUUUGUUUAUAGAAAAAUGUCUGUAGAUCCACAGAUUUUUCUGUGUUACUUACUCUGUUAGGAUCUUUUCUAUAAGAAUUUUUGGGCAUCCGUUCGUUCAUGUUGGAACGAAAAAUCCUGCAAAUUUGCGCCUAAGAAUUUCUAAAGACCAAAAAAAAAUCUGUUGACUUUUUUCUAUUAAAUCUCUUAACAAAAUGACACAAUAAAGUUACAUAAUCUGCUAUGUAUUUUUUUAAAGAAUUUUAAUAAAAUUUUGCGAUAGCUCGCACAGAGUUGAAUAGAAAUUCAAUAGAAUUUCUUAGAGAAAGCGUUUUUGAUUUGAGAGAAUUGAGAGAUAUUUCCAGAGGAAUGAAGCUUUGAAUUCAAGGAAACACUUUAUUUGAAAUUAUUUCAUUUAUCUCGACAAUAAUUUUGUUGAAAACUAAUUACCAGUGGAAAUUAUUUGAUUAUGUGUAUCAAAUAAUUCAUUCAUUCCAAAUAAUUCAUUCAUUGGAUUCAUCUAAACGAUUUAUUUGAUUUGAAGUAAGGAAUUAUUGGAUGAUAAUGAAGUCUUCAUUUGGGUCAAGAAAAAAUUUGUUUAGAUGUUUAAAAACUAUUCACUUAAGGUGAAUAAAAACGCAAAUAAAAAUUAAAUCCAACUAAAGGUAAUUUAAUUCAAAGAAAUUAUUUGUCUUGGUGUUUUUUUCAUUCAAGUAUGAAAAAAGUUGAUGAAAAAUUUAUUUGAUUAAAAAAGAGCCACGUGACUUUGCACUCUUUAAAGAAGAUCAAAUUUAAUUCAUUCGAUCAUUUUCGAUGUUUCGAUCUCAAAUUAUGAAGUCGCGUCAGGAUAAAAUCCCAUAGAAACAUUUAAUGAAGUCAGUGAGAAUUUAUUUCAAAGGAAAAAGUAGAUAUCAUCAAAUGAAUUUCAAUUUAGUGAAGAAAUCCGAAGCUUCGACUAGGAGAUUUCCCUGAAAUUCUAUUCGUUUUUUGCUGAUUUAAUUUGAAAAUCUCAUUCUCAUCAUAAUAUUUUCCCAA